CCCCGUCCAAGUUUGGGGUAAGCGGAGGGGGGCGGGCGGAGGCGCGGCCGCAUGCCCGCCGCGGACCCCGGCGCUCGGCGCGACCAGGUCCUGCUAGCAAGUCAUGAUGGUUGAAUCUGCCUCGGAGACGAUACGGUCCACUCCGUCCGGCCAGAACGGGGUCAGCAGCCUCAGCAACCAGCCCGAUGGCGGCGGCACCGGCGGCGGUGCAGCGGGAGGAGGGCGCGAAGGAGCCACGAGCGGGGAGACCAACGGCGAGAUGAGCCCCGUGGAGCUCCUGCACUUCCAGCAGCAGCAGGCUCUCCAGGUGGCACGCCAGUUCCUGCUGCAGCAGGCCACGGGGCUGAGCUCCCCCAGCAGCAAUGAGGGCAAGCAGCCGGCGGUGCAGGUCCCCGUGUCCGUGGCCAUGAUGUCCCCGCAGAUGAUCACGCCGCAGCAGAUGCAGCAGAUCCUCUCACCACCCCAGCUCCAGGCCCUCCUGCAGCAGCAGCAGGCGAUAAUGCUGCAACAGUUGCAGGAAUACUACAAGAAGCAACAGGAGCAGCUUCACCUGCAGCUAUUGACACAGCAGCAAGCUGGAAAGCAGCAACCCAAAGAGCCGUUAGGGAACAAGCAGCUGGCCUUCCAGCAGCAGCUCCUGCAGAUGCAGCAGCUCCAGCAGCAGCACCUGCUAAACCUGCAGCGCCAGGGGCUGGUGAGCCUCCCACCGGGGCAGGGCUCUGUCCCCCUGCAGACCCUGCCCCAAGCUGUAUGCCCCUCGGACCUCCAGCAGCUCUGGAAGGAGGUCACGGCUGCCCAGCCCGUCGAGGACAGCAUCAAGCAAGAAGGUCUCGACCUCACCACCACCACCUCCAACUCUACCUCGUUUUCGGCCGCCAAGGUCUCGCCUCCCAUUUCCCAUCACCUUCUGCCCAAUGGACAGAGCACCAUGCACACGCCGAGAAGGGACAGCUCUUCCCAUGAAGAGACCCCCGGCUCCCACCCGCUUUAUGGCCACGGAGAGUGCAAGUGGCCCGGCUGCGAAACCCUCUGUGAGGACUUGGGACAGUUUGUCAAACACCUCAAUACAGAACAUGCACUUGACGACCGAAGCACGGCCCAGUGUCGAGUCCAGAUGCAAGUGGUACAGCAGCUGGAAAUACAGCUGGCAAAGGAGAGUGAGCGUCUCCAAGCAAUGAUGGCCCAUCUUCACAUGAGACCUUCAGAGCCAAAGCCUUUCAGCCAACCUCUGAACCUGGUCUCCAGUGCCACCCUCUCCAAGAGCACUUCCGACACGUUCCCCGACGGCUUACCUCAUCCCCCCACCUCCGCCACGGCGCCCAUCACCCCGCUGCGGCAGGGCCCCUCCGUCAUCAGCUCUUCCACUUUACACAACGUGGGGCCCAUCCGCAGGAGAAACUCGGAGAAGUUCUGCACCCCAAUAUCUUCAGAACUUGCACAGAAUCACGAGUUUUACAAGAACGCCGAUGUCCGGCCACCCUUCACAUACGCCUCGCUCAUCCGGCAGGCCAUCCUGGAGACCCCCGACAGGCAGCUAACGUUGAACGAAAUCUAUAACUGGUUCACACGGAUGUUUGCCUACUUCCGGAGGAACACGGCUACCUGGAAGAACGCCGUCCGCCACAACCUGAGCCUGCACAAGUGCUUCGUGCGUGUGGAGAACGUCAAGGGAGCCGUGUGGACCGUCGACGAGCACGAGUACCAAAAGCGAAGGCCACCAAAGAUGACAGGGAGUCCGACUUUAGUCAAAAACAUGAUUUCAGGACUCGGUUACGGAGCACUUAAUGCAAGUUACCAGGCUGCCCUGGCAGAGAGCAGCUUCCCGCUGCUGAACAGCCCCACCAUGAUCAACACGAGCUCCGCCAGCGGCAUGCUGCACGUGGGCCACGAUGACGUGAGCAGCACCGUGGAGCAGGUCAACAGCAACGGCAGCAACAGCCCGCGCCUGUCCCCACAGCAGUACAGCCAUCCCGUGCACGUGAAGGAGGAACCAGCUGAGGCAGAGGACGACAGCAGACCCGUCUCGCUGAUGGCCACCACCAACCAGAAUGUGACGAUUCCCGAUGACAGGGACCUGGAGGAGGAGCUGCCGGUGGAAGACUUGUCCUAAGGACCCCUUCCUCCUCCCCACCGAGGGGCAAACCCUUCCCACCAUCCCAGCCGGAGACCAAGCGAUGGCUCCCACCUCCCCAAGGUGACCUUCGGCGUUAACCUGUUUUUUAAAGGCACUUCCACAAAGCAAAAGGGUUUCCUUGGUGCAACGACCUGUUGCUGACGGCGCGUCCCUCACGCUCCCCACUGCCCCACGCUGCACCCCGGUGACUGACUGACCCCUGCCGCGGGGGACAUCCCGCGACACGAGAAGCAGAAACCCAAGAGCUGGACUUUUUCUCCCCUCCUCCCUUGGUUAGUGACUGGUGAACGAGGAUGGUAGGUUGUUUCUGUCCGAAAUGGUCCCUCCUUCCUUCCCUGUGCGCGGUGGGCACAGGGAAGGCAGCUCUGUCCCCUCUUCCCUGCGGUGCUCAAGCCUCCACCAGCGACUGCCCCAGCAAGGGAAGGCAAUGGCAGGAACCCGCUGUUGUCUCUCCAUCACCCAGUGGGGUUUGCACUAGGAGGGACUGUGGACCCUGCCCAUGUGCUGCCUUCACCCAGCUUUGGGGGAAGAAACAGCAGAAACAGGAGGCAAGUCCUCUGCCAUGGUCUGGAUGUGGGACUUGCACCGUUGUCUCACGGCUGGGCAAGGAUGAGGACGAGCGCGUUGGUGGGACUGUGUCCCUUUAGUCUUGUCACCUCAGCAGGUCACUAAACCACCCAGUGAGCAGAGCAGCCCCUGGUCCCCAUAGUGGGGGGCUGGUGGCACCAGCAGUGAUGACCAUCCCAGCCGACCACAAGCACUGGCAGUGAGGACACGGCUCCCGCUUCCUUCUUGAUGUCAUCUGCAGCAGGUUACACCCCUCCCAGUGGCCCAACUUCGGCUCCAGGGAAGGCUCCUGACCCCUGUGUGCCUGAUUCCUGCUCCGAAGCUGGGGCAGGGUCUCCGAGGCUGCGGCUCGGCCAUCCUGCUGGUGGCAAAGCCAAAUCAGUGAACCCCUGUGGUGGCCAAACCUGGCCGCGGCCGCUGAGCCGAGCCUGCUGCCGCUGGGGCUCCCGCUUUCAUCUUGUCCUUUCGUUAUCCUUUUGUGUGCGUCCAGAUGGGAAGAUACCAAAAGAUUUCUAGAGACAGAAGGUCCAUAGUUCAGGUGAACAGAUGGUAUUAAUGCCAAAAAGAAAAGAAAUAUUAAUAAUAACGAGAACAACACAACCAAACACCCCUCUUCUCCCUGCUCUUUCUUUCGGUGGUGGUGACGUGGGUACCCAACGCUGGGCUCCUCCUCUCCUCCUCCACGGCCGGGCUGGCACUGGCUGUAUUGGUACACAGCGGGAUCUGCUGUGAUGGAUGUGGAGCUGGUCGCAGUUCUAAGCACAGCUCUGGGUGUUCCCAAAGCGACCCGGAGCACUGCUCCAUCCUCCCAGUACCCUGGGUUGACUGUGCUGGGGUCCUGGCAGCAGCACCCUGGGAGCUGUGGUUUGGGUUGAAAAUGCCACAUGCAGCUUUGGUUCGGGGGGUACUUGCUUGUCCCCGUAUAUCACCCCUGUGACAUCCCCAGGGGGCUCUCGGCUCUGUGGCACAAGCCUGCACGUCGCAUCAUCCUUUUUGCUGCUUCUUGCACCCUCUAUACCCAAGAGGCUGCAGAGAUGGGGUGGGGGGUCCCUGACUCCCCCCUGCACCCAUGGGUGAGGCUGGGUUUCCCUGGGCCGCCUAGGUACUGUCUGGGGGAUACUGAGACCCUCAAGGAGCCGGGUUGGGGGGGCACAGCCCGGUGGGGCUGUAACGGGGGUUAAAACCCAGCAAAUCCUGCCCUCCCCAGCCCCACAUGCGGAUGCUCGGGCUGUUCCAAGCCAUUCCAGGCUGUUCCAUGCCAUUCCGUACCGGCCUUCGCUAGGUGUCUCCACUCGACCCGUGUUUCCUGCUCCUGCCUGGCUCGCUGCUGCCAAAACACUGGUCUGAGGAGGUUUGUUCUCGGGGCCGAUGGGGUUCUCCCCUUUUCCCCGGCCUCCCUUGGCAUCAUCCUCACUCCAUUGGACACCAAAGACCCUGCCUGGGCUGGGGGGCAGGAGCCAAACCCCGUCUCUUGCAGCCCCAUCCCCCCCGAAGGAUCUUUUUUCUUUAUUUUUUUUUAAUAUUAUUUUUUUUUAACCAGUCUUGAUUUUAAGUUAUUGUUUCGACCACGUUUACAGCUUCAGAGGGAGGCAGCGGCGCAACGUUGCUGCUCUCCCCAUACCAAGGGAUGCCCCUCCUGGGUGUUGAGGUGAAGCCCCUGGCUCCGUGUCCAUGUUCACCCUUUGCAGGACAUUCCCUGCUUCCAUCCAGGCUUUUGGGGUUUGGUUUGCAUCUUCCUGGUGGGGGCUAUUGUGCCUCUUAGGGCUGUGCCAGCGCCCGGUGUCACCCCUCGUGCUGCUCUAGGACACCCCGAUGUCCCUGCAGAGGGAAUGACCUGGCCUUGCACUGGGGCACUUUGUCCUCUCCCUGGAAUGGGUUUUGCAGCCUGAUGGGUGCAGCGUGGCUGCUGCUGCAGGCACUGGGUGGUGGGUGCUGCAGGGACACCUUCCACUAGAGCAGGUUGCUCCAAGCCCCUGUGUCCAACCUGGCCUUGAACACUGCCAGGGAUGGGGCAGCCACAGCUCCUCUGGGCACCCUGUGCCAGCGCCUCAGCACCCUCAGGAUGGGGUUCAGGAGCUGCUCCCCUUCAUUGGCUCUUCUGUGUCCUUUCCAUUCACAUUCCUCCUGCUCUUCAAAUUUAAUGCCAAUAAGCUUUGCAGCCCCCAGGCUUCUGCAUUGAGGCAGCAAAACCUGAGGUGGUCCCGACACAGAGCACACCUAGCACCAGUGGCUCCUGCUUGGGGUGGGAUUUCUAGUUUUAAGUGUUUCCAGAGGUACAGGCAUCCCGAAACCCUGCCCACGGCCUCCAGAUCCAAACCGGUCCAGCCAAAAUCCCCAUCCACCAUCACCCCCAGCUCUGCGAGGACAACCCUGGCACCUUCCCCUCCUCACUGACCUAUUCCAAUAGGUCCUUAGCUGCCAUCCUGGCUCCCAAAAGCACUAUAUAUAUAUUAUAUAUAUAUAAAAAAAUAAAUAUAUAAAUGUAAAGGAGUUUUUUUCUUCGAACACAUGCCCAGGUUUGGGAAAUCCUGUGGCUCCACUGACGCCUCUUCCCCCUGGCUGUUGCUGAGAUGGGAAUCACGGUGGGUGAUUGCACGGGUUUGAUACUCGGGGGGUGAAUUUAAUUCAUCCUCUUACAUCCAGCCCGGCUGCUCCAUGGGUCCCAUCAACUGCUGGUACCAUGCCCCCCCUCCCAUAUCCCCCUCACCCUGCUGGGUGGUUCUUUGCUGAUUUGGAUUUGAACACAUUCGGCGUCUUACCUCAAACUCACACCAAGGCGGAGAGGAGGGAAGGAAGGUAACGGACCAAACACAUCGUGUGGCAGAGCUGCUUGUCUGUAUAUACUGAGAUAUAUAUAUACUGGUCAAACCUACCAGCACCAAUUCUGCUCUUUGUUUUUGUUUUCUCUGGGUAUUUUUUGUUUGAUUUCCUGUUUCUUCCCAGCCUGGGGCAGUUCUGCCAAGGGAACGUGUGGCCACCUCUCUGUAAGUAAAGGCAUUUUCCUGGUAUCUCCCACUGAAGGAAUUACUCAUUUUUCCAUGUUCUUUUUUCUUCCCUCAAUGAUUUUUUCUCCCCCGCCCCCAAUAGCUAGAAUAGGUAGAGCUGGGGGGGGUGUCAGAAACCAGUGCUCAAAGGGAGGGGGUGCUGGUAGCACUGGGGAGCUGCUGGUGAGGCAAAGGGGCAGCAGCAGCUCAACAUGCAUCAAACCAAAGGGUUUCUUUGCUUUGUUUACAGCCUCACGCCCCAGAGGGUCUCCCUGGAUCUAGGUUUUUGUCCUGGAAGUGUUGGGGAAGGUGGGGACAGGCCAGAGCCAGGGGCUCACCCAGGUGGGUGCCAGCCCGGCCUCAACCUCGUCCUUAUUUUUCCUCCCUUUGUUUCUCCAUCCUCUUUGGCCUGGGUGGGAGGUGAUGCUGGGGAGGCGGGACAGGUCCGCGGGGGCUGGAGGAAGGUGGGGGGGAGGAUGUGUAUAAAGUGACCCGACCCCUUCCCUCCCGCCGCAUCCCCUGUGCUGUAUAAAGGAACGAGCAUUGCUGUGUAUUUGUACUCUGAACCUCCGUGUGUCUGCGUUGGCAGACGGUAAACCCUUGUACAGUAGGAAUAGCUGCAUGUAAUCUGUAUGGACAAUGGCAUUAUAAAAUGCAAUAAAAUAAAUUACCUAUCA